UUCUUUGUCUAACUUUAAUAUAUCACCUCCUCCCGAAAAGCUCGCUCAGGGGACAGUCCAAACAUUUAUUUCUACAAACACUUCAGAUAUCCCUUGUUCACCUUCACCGUCUGUAACUACCAUUGCCUCUCAGGACGAAGACGAUAAUAUUCCCAUGUCAUAG